CCAGCCCAUUGAUUUACAAAUGAACCCACCGUACGGAGGAGCAGAAUGGAACCCUCUCCCUAUCUGCGGAACCCAGAGUGAUGAAGAUGAUGUGGAAGCGACGGUAACAGGAAAGUAGACUGCGACGGAGAUGGCGACGGCGAGAGCAUUGGCGCUGCCGGCUUCCACACUCUCUUCUUCAAGAUUUCAGAUUAAGUUAUUCAAAGACCCAACUUGUCAAAAUCGUAUGCUACUACUAGCAUGUCACUACAAUCACCGAGCAUCUGGCACAUACUCUCUGAAACUACAAACAAGGGCAGAGUUCAGUGUAUCCCACAAGGUCAAGAUGCAAAUGACUAAAGUCAAGGAGAGGUUGUUGGAAGACGUCCCUGAUUUUAUGAAAGAUUUUCCAUGGAAAAAAGCAGAGGAUAUGGUGCUGCACAAAUUUCUGUUUCUUGGACAGAAAGCAUUGAAGUGGUCUUUUCUUACUCUCUUCAUUUUUAGCUCUUUGUCAGACAUCAUAUUCGCAAUUUCUAGAAACAAGGAAUUGAUGAUUCCCCUUGGUCUCUUUGCUGGCUGCAUGUUGGCUGACUUCUUGAAAGAGAUAUCUCAAGAACUGGUAGACAAUUCAGAGGUAUAUUUUGCCAUUGUCCCAAUUUAUGUUUCAUCAUAUUUGCUUCAUUGUAGCCUGCUGGUUGAUCAUGUAAUAUGUUCAACAGGAAAGAGCUUUGAAACAGCAAUUUGCGGGUAUCGGUUGCUUUUUUGUUCUUGUGAAGUUUAUUGCUACGUAUUCUGUGCUACGGGGACAGGUAUUUCUCUUACAUGUUGCAAAUGGUGGGCUGAUGCAAGUUUUGUGGCUAUGGAAGUGCUUACUGGAAGAACGGAACAGAGUUAAUGGUGAGAAUUCCUUCUCGAGCCAUAAUGCUCCCAUGACCACUGAUGUAGAGAAUUAGAUCACAUUUUGUUGUUGUACCUCAAGAGAGAUAUCAGUAGUCGAGUCAUCUCCAUUCAUUGUAGUUAAAUGAGAUGCUCCCAAGAUGAGAUGUCAAGGACCUUGUUUCUCUUGCUUUGCAUAUUCAUCAAACAACUUCCCGCAAAAUGUAGUCUUAUAAAAGUAACCAUAUUCCUCAAGUAAUGAAACAAAAUGGUGGCUGGAGUACAGCUGGAAUACAUUAACUAUGAUACCAGCUGGGCGGAUGGUAAUCUGAAAAUGUUGGAGCUAUACUUGUCCACUUCAGAGCCUGUUCAACAAAUAAAAGCUUGUGGGUGCAAUGCAGUUUCAAGGAGGCCGGGAGCAAGGAGAAUGAGCCAGUGCUGGUAGUGCCAGGCUUCGGCAAUCCCUGAUAUUUGUUCAGGUGUCGUCAGAAUGAGGUUGAAUCUUAAAAUAGUUCUGUAAUUCAUAGAUUGCUGCCAUCAAUCUGAAAUUCCCCUGCUUUUAUUAGCGAUAGUCAUCUCCAGUGUUGAUUCAAUUUUAGGCCAUUUUAAUUUUACCAAGGAAAGAAAAGCUUGAUCAAGGUAUCAUUUACGAACUUCUUUUAUUUAUUUUAUCAAGUCUUUUUGUCCAUCAAAA